AUGGCUCUCGCUGCCCAGCAACAACACCAUUUCCCGACCGGAAAUGGCCCCUAUGAUCCGUCUUGGGACGAAAGCAUCGUUCCAGCUCUCCGCAAGCGCCUCCAAAAUGAAUCCAACAUGCUCACCAAACGUCUCAGCACUCACAGCAUCAGUUCGGCGGCUGCUGCUCAGCUAGCGAGCUCACAGGUUGACCAUCGCGCGCAAAACGGCAAGCCAAGCUCAAUACCGCGUCCUUCCAUGCCCAUGGAGAAGCAGAGCUCCACCUCUUCGACGAACUCUAACGCAGUCUCCAUGAAGAAACGUCAACGAACAAACUCGACCCCGUAUAGCCCCCAGGCGUCCGUCCCACUUCCGACCCGAAUACCCAAAGUUUCCACCAAGGGAAGUGGGGGACCCUACCACCCAUACAAAGCCUCGACAACGCCGAGUGUCUCAAGCAGCGUCAGUGGCUCGGUGGCCUCUAGGACCACACGGGGCAAAGGCAUGGAACCUCCCUCACCUUCAGAAACUGGGAUGAGUACCUCUUCGUCGUUGAGGAACCCAAGAUUAGUUAGAAAUAGCUAUAUCCCCAACGAAGAAGCCCCGUUUCCCAACUCGGCCUCGACGUCGACAGAGUUUCAAUACGAACAAACCCGGCUGAUGCACACUCCGAGUCUCAACGCAGGCUUGCACAGUCGGUAUUGGACCACAGGAGCGUCUUCAGACCGUCCGAGUCUCGACGAAGUCAACGAGCCCUCGGAUGGCGAAAAGCCGUUUGAACAUUGGUACCGUGGUGAGGCAGCGCGGAACGGUGGCGUCGGCGAGCUCAAGGUCGCGCGUUCGGAGAUGUUGGAAAUUGCCCAAUUCGGGCACAGAAGCUCACCCCUUGGAAUGUAUUCGACCACCGGAGGGUUGCGAAGAAGGGCAGGAAGCAUGGACGAGAAGCGGGAGAGCUGGAUCAUGGACGAGAACGCGUUCAAGAUGAGCAAGGUCAUUGAUGAGAGUCCCCUCACCGAUAUUGAGGGCGAUGAUUAUACGACCGAGGGCGAACGCGCAUAUCCAGCUUAUUCUUCAACGAGUCAACCGCGUGGAAUCGGAUACAAUCAGGGAGGGUCGGCGGCCGACUUGCAGGGUGAUACUCUUGUACACGAAGAGGACGCGCUGAUGAGCACGACGCCGACUGCCCUCAGCUCGAUGCCCUCGUCCAAGACCAACCAGGAUAUAUCGAUAUCGUCGACUGGUCACGGUCAGAAUUCGACUCGGUCACAAAUGUCUCCAUCAGGUUCGAGCAAGAUACCCCUGGGGGCGAGCAAUGGUGCCAAUACGACUCCUGGCAAGGCUCCGUCGGUCAAGAGUACGGCUGCUGGAAAAGCGAAACCUAAGCCAAAAUCGCAGAGCACCACCCGUCAGCGCUCUCAAACAUCACCGUCGCAGUCGACAGAAGGACACGAGGAAGCCAAUCAAUCCGUGGAGAAUGCGGAGAAAAUUCCAUACCGACUGCCACCAUCAAAGGGCAACUGGGACGACAUUGUUCUACCAGCGAUAUCCAAGAAGAUGGGUAUCGAGGGCUACGGUCUGAAGAGCGAUGGUGGUAUUAUGGAGAUUAGCGAAGAGGCUAGGCGACGUAUGAGUGCUAUCCCCCCACCGGUACCUGGUUUGUUUGGUUACGACAAUUCCAAGUACAAACCACCGAGACCAGAGGAAGAUAUCCAGAUGGGGGAUCUCGUCGUCGCUCCAGAAUCACGUCCUGCUACACCCAAAACUGCUUCACCUCCACCCCCAGAGCAAGUACCCGCUCGAACAUCCAACGGUCGUGAAUCUCCGCUUGCAUUCUCGCAUUACCAGACGAAUCUCCCACCGCUGUCAGAAAAGCCACCCAAACGAAAGAGUCAGGUGCCCGAUAUCAAGAUUAGUCACCCGAGUGCAGAGGAAUUGGCCAAGCACAAGUCCGUCAAGUCGCCAACUGCGACCGCAACAUACAUAGGUUCGACACUUCAUCCUGUGCGUAGAUUACGACAGCAUAAUGGGGAGCUCGUAUCUGGAGCACGAAGGACGGCACGGCAUAGGCCGUGGGAUAUGGCCAUGCUCGUUCAUGGAUUCCCAUCUCGGUUGGCGGCAUUGCAGUUUGAAUGGGCGUGGCAGCAUCCGUACAAAGCGAGGGCACUCAAAGACGAAGAUGGUGGACGACUUAUUUCGCGUUCGGUAGGACUUCGAGCGCAUGUUAGAGCCGUCCGUUUGAUGCUUGCGACGCACCCGUACUCCAAUUGGCCGCUUCAUGUCAAGCUAUUCUCUCUCGAUGCAGUCAAGGCGUGGCAAAACGUGAAAGAUGCGCCACCUUUCCCGCGUGGGUUUCAGAGUACUAUCGAGCUUGAGGGAGUUGAUGGUACAAAGCGAAGUAUUCAUGGGUCCAGCAGAACGGGUCCCAUCGAUACCCUUGACAGUGCAUUCGUCCAGCAGCAAUUCAGGACGUACUACGCCAUCCUUCGCUCGUCAAAGUACAAGGAUUGUCGUGUCUGUCGGUCGAAGAUUGACAUUGAGAAAGAGGAUCCUCUCAGAUUUGCCAUAUGCACAACACCGUUCUGCCAUACCACCACGCAUAUGACGUGUCUCGCCACAGCGUUUCUUCAGGAUGAUGAGCAACGCUCGUUGAUACCUCGUGGGGGAGCUUGUCCAGGCUGUGGUACUUGGACCCUGUGGGGAGAUAUCGUGAAGGGCGCUCAUAGACGUAAAGACGGGGGCACUGAAAUUCAGUUGGACGAAGAAGACCUGAGCGAGGAAAACUUCUACCGACGAAAAUGUUAUGGAAGAGAUCUGCCCUCUACGAAGAGUCCAUCAAAGUCAGUUUACGUGCAAAAGUCCCCAAGUAAGAGCACUACGACGAAGACGAGCUCGGCAAACGAGACCAAUGCGCAACGGCCAGCAAAGAAGCCGACCCAACGACACCGACCCCGGAAUAGCGCAUCGAAUAGAACCAGCUCCCGACGAUUUGCGACCUCCAUUAAAGCAAACACUACUCGCAUGAGGAUUCCAGAAGACUUUGAAGACUUUGGGGAUCUAAUGCGCAUUGCGGACCGAGCCAAUGAGUCGGACCAAGAGCUCGUGCGCCAGAUGUCUGGCGUUUCCAUUUCUGCGCCAAAUAAUUCACGCUAUGUCUGA